AUGAACGCACCAGGUGUGGACGUGCGCAAUGGCAAGGCUGUCCAAGGGGACAUAUGCAGCAAUAGGUAUUCCUUAAUAUCCAAGCAGACCCUUAACCAGAAGGAGAAUACCCUAUGGAACAUCUUAAACUACGGCCGUGUCCCAAAUGAGGGCCUGAAUGAAAUAACCAUCAUGAACAUUUUGCACCAGAUAUCUUCUCAAAAUUUAUGCAACAGCGAGAAGAACAUAAAAAUUGGGGAGCGGGAGAAUCGAAUAUACAGCGCCCUCGUGCGGAACAAGUACAUCGGAUUCGGGCACGGCAUUGGCAGGUCAGGGAACCUAGACGACGUGCAGCCGAAAAGCGCGGGAAACAGUAUCUUGGCCAAGGCCACCACGAGCUUCGUAAAGGAUAUGAUCAAAAGCUUUGGAAUAAAGAGCUGCGAAGAUGUAUACAUACUGCCAUACGCAACAGGGAUGUGUCUAAGUACCUGCAUCCUCUACACGAAAAAGGAAAGAGAAAAAAGUGAAUAUGUAAUAGUCUCUAGAAUAGACCACAAGACGUGCUACAAAUGCAUCGAUUUCUGUGCUUUGAAAUAUUUAGUAGUGGACAUGAUAUACAAGGAUGAAGAAUUAUUUACAAAUCUCAGCGAAAUAGAAAAACUGAUACAGACAUAUGAUGAGAAAAUCUGUUGUGUCAUGUCAGUCACAUCUAGUUAUGCCCCUAGAAAUUCAGAUGACAUAGUAAAAAUAGCCCAUAUUUGCAAGAGGUAUAAUAUUCCACACAUAAUUAAUAAUGCGUUCGGAUUACAAUGCAAUUAUCUGUGUAAAGAAAUACAGAAGUGUUUUGAAUCGAAGGGUCGAGUGGACUUCGUGGUUCAGAGUUGUGAUAAGAAUUUCCUCUUGCCAGUUAACGGCGGGAUUGUAUUCAGCUCUGAUAAGAGAAAGAUGAAAGAAUUGAAAAAACAUUACCCUGGUAGGACUCCUGUGCAUGCAUAUUUAGAUCUCUUCAUCACAUUACUAGAAUUAGGGAAGAAAAAAAUUCUAACCCUAAGAAAAGAAAGGGAGGAAAAUUUUUCCUGGUUACAAGAAAAGUGUUCUGCUCUCUGUUCUAAGUACAAUUUAAGUUUGAUCAAAGCGAGCAAAAAUAAAAUAUCCAUGGCGAUUAAUUUAAACGAGCUUUACAAGAUCUGCCAUGUCGAAAACCCGAAGAGUAUUACCCUACUUGGUUCUCUACUUUUUUAUAGAAAUGUUACCGGGCAUAGGGUUAUAUGCUCCCCGCUGUUGAUACGAAAUGGAGCAGGGGCACACACAUGGGGCCAGAAAAUGGAGGGUAAUGUAGAAUCUGCUUUUCCUAUUCACCACAAGGGGGAAGUAGGCCCUAAUGGGGUUGACACUAUUGAGCAGGGUGCACACACCAAUGAGUUGCUUUUCCUCAAUCGCGGAAUGAACAACGAAGGUGCACGUCCGUUCCAUUCGUCAGACAACUGCAAUGAGGGGUCUGUAAAGAAGGGGAGGUCCGAAACAAUUGUCGUAAAAAAUGAAAAUAUUAAUCAUGCAGCGAUUCAUGGGAAGGCCCUAACCAUUGGAAAUCACACAUUUGAGCACUUUGGUUGCAGCUACGAUUUGUAUCCCUUUUCUUACAUUGCCUUCUCCUGCGUCAUUGGGAUUGAACGGCCAGAGAUGCAAAGCUUCGUGGAGAAGUUGGACGACGCGAUUGGCUGCUUCAUUCGCAGGUUCCUCAGGCGCGCCUAG